AUGAAAUUCGGUGUCAGAUGCAGUAGCUCGUACUUCUUUGAUUAUAGCUACUUAUCUAGUAGAUAUCAAAACAAUAUACCUAUCGAACCCCCUUGUGAGUUCCCAAGUAUUCAACCCGCUUUAAAAUUUGCUACUGCACAAUGUGAGCAUCGCCCUGAUAGCAGCUUCGUAAAACAAAGAAGAAAAAGGACACAGACUCGAGUAAAAAGGUUAAUAAAAUCCCAAGAAACACGGAGCAAAAAACAGAAAAAUCAAAAAUGUGAAUGUCCCCCGGAAAAUGUACAAAUUGGUGAUGUGAAAAAGAAAUCAGUUUCAUGUUUAUGUCAAAAGCUUAAACCAGAGACCCUACAACUAGAUGAAGACCAUGCGGAUUUGAUUAAAAAUCAUUAUGUGACACCAACACAGACUGAUGAACAGAAAGCUAAUCGAAUUCAAGUUAUAAGAAAUGUAGCGAGCGAUUCUCAAAUAAAAAAUAUAUGUCCAACUUAUCCGUGUGCUGCUCCAAAAACUAGAAAAGCUUUGAGAUGCUUUUGUACAAGAAAAUAUCGGAAUAAAAAGAAAAAACGGGCAAUUGAUAAGAUAACUUGUAAAUACAAAGCACUGUGUAAGAAAAGAAUUAAAGAAGACGAAACGAACAUCAAAGUGUUAAGAAAGAACUUGCAAUACACGGAGAUUCCUUCUUUAUAUUCAGUAUACAGUUCUAUCUUAAGUAGUUUAAAGAACUUGAAACCCAAGAAAAAAUGUCAAAAUGUAGUAACACAAAUUAAAUCAGUACAAACAGAUUCACAAAUACAUACGGACAGAAAAAUAGGAAAAAUACCUUGUGUGUGCCCUAAACAUAGACAUGUUUCCAGACCUAAAAAUACAUCAGACAGUUCUAUAAUUAUGUCUAAGAGGAAGAGUCAAUUGAAACAACGCACACAAAUAGGCGACUCACGAAUACGGUCAAAGUCAUCAGGUCUAACCCAACCACAUGCUGAUAUAAUGCAAUUAAGCGAAUCAGUCCCAGUAACAAAGAAAAGGAGCAAAAAACCUAAUCAAAAAUUAAUUGAUUCUAGUAGUCAAACACGGAAAAAGCAACCCAGUUGCCUUUGUUCAAUCAAGCCUAUUUGCGUUUGUGAUAAAAAGUUCAAAAGUGUUUGUAAAUGUGACAAGUUUGGAAAGGCAGAACAUAUUACCAAACUUAAAGCGCCUUCAGAUAGUUCUAUAGUCACUUCUAAGAGCAAGAGUCAAUUGAAACAACACAUACAACUACAACCACAAUUGAGUCAAUCAAGUCCCAUAAGAAGGAAAAGUCGUAAAAAACGCAGGCAUUCAAAAAGUCAAACACAGAAACAGACACCCAGUUAUUGUCGUUGUUUCAAAGACUUACUUUGCGUGUGUGAUAAAAAAGUGACGAGUGUUUGUACAUGUGACUUAAUUAGAAAUACAGAAUAUAUUUCUAAACUUAAACAUAGUUCACAAAGUUAUAAUCAUCUAAUCACUUCUCAAGCUAAAAACGAAAUAAGCCAAAUCAGAAGCGCGAAGAAACCUAAACGUAUUCAUAUUUGUAAAUGUGAUCAACUAGUACAAGCACUUAAAUAUAUCGGUGAUAUAGGGAUAAUACACGACAAAGCUAAUGCUUUUCCUCAUAGUGAAAUGUUUAAUGAAAAAACUAAACCUACCAAAGUUACUUCAACAAGUACAAGUAGAAGAUAUUUUAGAAAGUCUGAUGGAAUUAAAGCAAGUAAAGAAAAAUCAAUUGCUAUUCGAAAGAAGCAUAAGCUGAGACAAACAUUCACUGAAGGUGAAUACAUUAAUGACAAAAAAGCUACAAAAAAAGAGGCAGAUUCACAUGUAAGUCCUAUAAUUAAAACGAGUAAACAACAAGACAAUAUUCGUAACGUGAUAAAAGAAAUUUUUGAGACUAGCAAAAAUGCAUAUAAGAAUAUUAUGGACCGUUGCCAUAAAAGAGAAGAAAAACGCAAUAAAAAAAAAGCUACAACAGAUAAAAGACAAUACAAGAACUCUAAGAUUAAAAGCCGAAAACCCGAAAUAGUUAACAAAGACAUUCCUUCAAAAAAGCUAAGUAAUAACUACAUUGCACAUAAUGUAAAAAUAGAAAGUAAUAGUGUUAAUGAUUCACGUGUAGUAAAAGAUAUGGAUCAUAUGUCAACUGUGAUAAAACAGAAGAAAAAUCAGCGACAAAAACCUCGUAGGCAUACAUCUCCAACUUUAUCUAAUCGCACAGUUGAUAACAAGCCUUCAACUGUAGUGACACCUUUAAAACGUAAAAUAGAAACUAGACAAGCUAAGGAAAAGCUUUUAGUAGCUAAUAAUCGCGUAGCAACUAAAAUGAAGAAAAAAUACAGAGAAAUUUAUCGUUUUAUGAAACAGAUUUGCGUCAGCAGUAAAAAUACCUAUAAAAAGGUUGUUGAAAAGCAAGCACACAAAAACAGAAGAAAAGAAAAACUUUUUUCUUAUUCUUAUCCAAAGAAAAGUCGUAGAUAUAGAGGAAAAAAAUCGAACCCAAAAGUUUCUAAAGACAAGGCAAGUAAAUACAUCCCCAUUAAACAUACCGUGAAGAAUAAAACAGAUAAUGUUAAAACUUCACAAGCACGUGUAAAAACAAAAAAUAAUAUUGAUGAUAUGACGAAUAAUAGAGAUCCAAUUGCAUCUAACGUCACAGCUGAUGAUCACAGAAAAAAUAAUGAUUCCAAUCCAAACGAUAGCCAAGAACAAACACUCAAAUGGUCCAAGUAUAUUAGAAGGAAAACAAGGAUACAUGACGAAUAUACACUUGAUAAAGAUGCCUUGUCUAAAUCUGUAAGCGGUUUAAGAUCCAUAAAUAAAAACACCCACUGUAAAUGCCGAGAUGCAGAAAGUCAACUUAAAUCUCGUAUAGUACACGAUAAAGCAAAGAAAACACUUGAUAUUGAGGAUCUAAAACUAAAUGAAAAGGGAGACAUUGAUAGGAAUGAGAUCAAACAUAAUCGUAAUCAACAACAACGACCAAAAAAUAUUCGUUACAAUAUUAUUGCAGUGUCGAGUCCCACGUCGGGUUAUAGGUCUUCAGCUUCAGUAAGAUAUUGCGAGUGCACAAAUACAGAGAGUGGUUAUUCUCUAUCAAAAAAUAAAUUAAAAAAGAAAAAGCGUAAUGAGACAGCUAUAGGUUUACCUAAGCCGGCAAUCAAUAUACAUGGAUUUGAAGAGCAGGUCUCCACUAACCAUGAUAAAAAAAGAAGCAACAUUAAGAAACAACUAAAGAGCUUGGGAAAUCACGUAGACACAUUGCCAUCUAAAUCUACAACAGCUAUAAGGUCUGCAAUCGUAAAGAGUUAUUGCGAAUGCGCCAAGCUUUCAAGAAAUAUACCUGGCCAUAAAGACCAAAACGUGAAUAGUAUAAUCGAGAAAAGAGAAACAAGGAUCCAUAAUUUCUUGGAUCAAAUGUUUUCAAAAGGUAACGGUAAAAAUAUACUAAAACAACAAGAAGCUAAACAAAGAGCUGCUAAAAAUUUACCAGUACGCUCCCAGUCUAAAGAUAAACACGAAUAUGAUAAAAUCGAAGACACAAAUAUAAAUAAAUUUAAAAAGAAGAAACAACACAAGAGUAACAAAUUUGCCAUAGAUUCACCACAAAGUUCAAAGCUUAAGGACACUGAAAACUAUUAUAAAGCAAAAUCAAAGAAAAGCGAAAUAUCUAAAUCUGUAAUUAAUUCACGGCCUUCUAGCAUAGCACGCUGUAAAUGUAACAAUUAUUUAAAAGGGCUCCUAAAUAAACGGCAAAAUCUUAAAGCUAACCAUUUACCUAAAAGAUUUGACUAUACUGAUAGUUCAAAAAUUGGAAAAAAUCGACCGGCGAAACAAAGAGAAGACGUGCCUGAUGAUAAAAAUACGAUAGUUGCGAAAUUGUCUGAUGCUUUUAAAAGUUCAAUGCCCGUUGAAGCAAUAACAGAUUGUAAAUGUGUAGAAGUUUCUAAAAGACGUUUAAAACUAAACAGUAAUAAAGCUAAGAAGCAAGAACCUAUAAACUCACAAAUUGAUACAACUGCAAUUAUAUCUAAAGAUACAGUGAAUCGUAAGGCCCCAAAUGUGAUAAGUAUAUGUAAAUGUAUGGAUAGAGACAGAGAUCAGUUUACUAUUAAAUACGAUUUCAAAAAACGAAGAAAUUAUUUGAAAGACAGUGUUGAUCGAGUCAAAACUAGUUCUAACUCAACUGAAGUUGCAAAAUUGUCUAAACAUGUGAAAAGUCUAAUACCCGCUGGACCAAUAAUAAAAUGUACAUGUGAAAAAGAUUCUAAAAGACAUUUUAAACCAACCAGUAAUAAAGCCAAGAAGCAAGAACUUAUAAACUCAAAAAUUGAUACUGCUGCAAUGAUAUCUAAAGAUAAAGGCCCAAAUGUAAUAAGUAUAUGUAAAUGUAAUUACAAAGUUAGAGAUCAGUUAAAAACUCGUACAAGUCCAGUUGAAGUUGCCAAAUUGUCUAAAACUUUUAUAAGUUCAAUGCCUGCUGGACCAUCAACAGAUUGUGUAUGCAGAGGUCAAGUUAAACAAUAUUUUCCAGUAAAAGAACGUUAUAAAAAUUAUGAGAAUCAUGGACAAAGUUAUGACAUUGUGGAUGCAAGUAUGAAUACAAAGAGACAGGCAAAAAGCAUUUACAGUUUACCUAAAAAAAUAUCUGCUAAACGUGAAGCUAAAGUAAUACCAUAUAAUGAAAUAACGAAUAGAAGGAAUAAAUAUGAACACAACCAAGUAAUUAAAUGCUACGCAAAAUCGGGACCCGAAUAUAUGUCAGAGAAAAAUAAAUCUGACUUCACAAGUCCAUUAGAAAAAUGUUAUUUAAAAAAAUAUAAUAAUACUGAAGGAAAACUGUGGAAAUUGAAGAAUAACCUGAUUACUCUAGAAAAUUAUAGGGCCACUGUUAUUCCUAGACCUAUGAUCGUUUCUAAGCCUACGUGUAAACAAUGUGAGUGUCGACACUUGCUAUUUAAAAAUAAGCGACUCCAAAAGAAGCAUAGGGUAAGAGAUUCACACCCCUUUGUAAAAACAAAUGACUGUACUUGCAACACGAUAGUUAGAUCGGAUCAAACUAACAAACUUGGAAAAAAUAUUGUGAAUAAAAGAACCUCAACACAAAAUUGCCCAUGUAGAUCUGCAAGAAAUUCUAAGUUAAAAAUUAAUCCUAAGCUCGCGAGCGUAGGACAACAAUGCAAAUCUAUAAAUAAAAUUGAUCCAUAUUCUACGUUCAAAAACAGAUGUACAGUAUCAACGCCAAGAACUAUUGCAUCUAAACCUAUUUUUAAAUUUAGAACUUUAAGGGAAGUAAAGGAUUGUGGAUACACGUCUAACAUUAAUGAAUGUAUUUGCAAUGAUACACAGAACGUUGGCUCCAGACCUGUUUCAAAAUUUAUAUCUAAGAGAGCAGUAACACCUAUAAUUAAUGAGUGUAUGUGCAAUAAUUCACAGACCGCAUCUAGAUGUGCAUGUAAAAAUAGGCAUACAAUUGCAGGAACAAAUAAUUGUUGCAGAAAUAGAAUAAGUUCAAAUUUUUCAAAAAAAGGUUAUUAUAAAAACGGGUAUAAAUGUGUUGAUAACGCAAAUAUUGAAACAAAGAAAUAUAGUAACUUCUUUGUCAAAAAUGUAUUGCAAACUUCAGACAUCCCUAACGUAGGUAGUGUAAUGCUGUUUUGUAAAUGUGGAGACAAAACUGUGCAGUCCAAAAAACACAAAUUUGGUAAAAGAAAGGGACAUUCGCAAAUAUGUACAAAAGUGUACAAUUGUGGCAACAAUUCAAGUGAUACGAAGAAACUUGAGAAACCCAAUUAUAAAAAAACCGUCACAGUUGUGUCUGCACCCACAGUUAGUUGUGGUUGUAUAAGUAAGGCAGGCCCUUACUUGGUAAUUGAAAAUCAUUCGAAAAAUAUAAACCCCAAUGAGGCACGAUUAAAUCCAAAAGUGGAUUACUAUAUUGAUAAUGCUAAUAUUAAGCUUUACAAUUCAAAAAGACCAAUUAAUAUAGCAACCAAGCCUAGUUGCUCAUCAGACUGCCCAAAAAGAAAAGCAGUUAAAAAACGUAAAACAUUAUCAUCUUGCCUGUGCAAAGAAAUAAGUAAAACGACCAGAACGAGAAGUAUGGAUGCUAAUACACUCACUGUAGCAAAUAAACAAUCGUUUUGUAGUUCUUUGUGUCAGAAAGUAAAUUCUGUAGUAAGACAAAGAAUUCCCUCAUUUAAUUUCUUAAAUAAUACGAGCAUGAAUGCAAUUCCAAACAGUCAAAUACAAGCAGACAAGACAAAGCGUACAUCUUUGGCGUCUUGUUUGUGUCGAAAGAUUAUGUUGUCAAGGUCAAGAAAAGAGAAGAAAAAACGUGCUAAACUAUUAGCCAAACAGGAAGUCCAGAAAAAUCGUUUGGGAAAGAUAUACAAUCGAGAAUUAAAGAAAAAAUUACAAGCUGAACAGAAAAAACUUAAAGCAGAAGCAAAAGAAGUAGCUGAAGUAGAUGAAUCAGACAACUUUUGCGAAUGGCCAGGAGUAUCAGAGGUUCCAAGACAAUGUCAGUUAUUGCAGAUGAAAUACAAGAGCAACCUUUAUAUCAAGCAUUUCAAUCUCGAAGUAAUACACUUAAACAAAGCAGAAUUAGGAAGAGAAGGAGAGCAUUAA